CAUUUCUCUAACCAAAUUCCUUCAUUGUUGACUGUAGCAACGAAAAAAAAUGAAACUAACCCGAUUUUUAUUACGUUAUUAUCCACCUGGUAUUAUUUUGGAAUACCAAACUAAAACUGGGGAUUUAAAAACUAAAGCAAUUGAUUUGCUAGAUUUGACACAGAGUUCAAAUAGUGGUGAAAUAGUGGACGAAAUGAUGAAAAAAGAACCACUUUUGGCAAAUUCAAAUAAGGAACAGCUAAUUACACUAGUCCAGCGUUUGAAGCAAAAACAAGCUGAAAGUACGAAAAGUCAAUUUUAUUUAUUUAAAGUACUCAAGGCACAUAUUCUUCCUCUCACUAAUGUUGCGUUUAACAAAAAUGGAUCUCAUUUCAUUACUGGAAGCUACGAUAGAACUUGUAAAGUAUGGUCAACUUUAGCGGGCGAGGAAAUUUUUACCCUUGAAGGGCAUAAGAAUGUUGUUUAUUCAAUUGCUUUUAACAAUCCAUAUGGUGAUAAAAUAGCUACUGGAUCUUUCGAUAAAACAUGCAAAUUAUGGAGUGCGGAAACUGGAAAACUUUUUCAUACCUACAGAGGUCAUUCUGCUGAAGUUGUAUGCUUGUCAUUCAAUUUGAGAAGCACACAAGUAGCAACUGGUUCGAUGGACACUACGGCAAGACUAUGGGAUAUUCAGAGCGGACAAGAAGUUAACGUUCUUUGUGGGCAUUCAGCCGAAAUCAUUAGUUUACAAUUUAAUACGACUGGAGCUCAUAUCCUAACUGGGUCCUUUGAUAAUACUGUUACUCUAUGGGACGUUAAUUCUGGACAUAAAAUUCAUACCUUAGUUGGUCAUAGGGCAGAGAUCAGUAAUGCAGUUUUUAACUGGGAAAGUAGCACUAUAGCUACGGCUUCGAUGGACAAAACUUGCAAAUUAUGGGGCGUUGCCGAUGGAAGAUGUAUUCAAACUCUGAGAGGACAUGAAGAUGAAGUUUUGGACGUAGCGUACGACAAUACAGGCAGAUAUUUAGCAUCAGCUAGUGCUGAUUCAACUGCAAGAUUAUAUAAUGCGCAAACUUUUGAGUUAAUGCACAAACUAGAAGGUCAUGAAGGCGAGGUUUCGAAAGUGGUGUUUAAUCCGCAAGGAACGCUAGUAAUGACAGCCAGUGCGGAUAAGACAUGCCACAUUUGGGAUGUUCAAACUGGCCAGUGUGUUCAGGUGCUGGAAGGACAUACAGACGAGAUAUUUUCUUGUGCUUUUAAUUAUGAAGGAGACACGAUUAUCACUGGCAGUAAGGAUAAUACUUGCCGUAUUUGGAAAUAG